AGCUUAAGCGGUCUACAUGGUUUGCGCCUAGUGGAGAGUAAGAGACUUGUGUGACUGAAUUUCUACUUAUGCAAGCUAGAAUGUAGCGAACCCGUAGCAUCUUUUUAUUUGCAAUAUGAAGAAUGGAAGAAGACGAUGUUUCUAUCAGAGAGCAGAAUUUCCACAGCCAAGUGCGAGAGUACAUCAUUUGCUUCCUCCUGUUUGCCGUCCUCUACAUUGUGUCCUACUGCAUCAUAACCAGAUAUAAAAGGAAAAGCGAUGAUCAUGAGGAUGAAGAUGCGGUCGUUAACAGGAUAUCAUUAUAUUUGUGCACCUUCACGCUGGCGGUGUCUGGCGGUGCGGUAUUCCUGCUGCCGUUCUCAAUUAUUAGCAACGAGAUCCUCCUCUCCUUCCCCAGAAACUACUACAUCCAGUGGCUCAAUGGCUCCCUCAUUCAUGGUCUGUGGAACCUGGUGUCGCUCUUCUCCAACCUUUGCCUCUUUGUCCUGAUGCCAUUUGCCUAUUUCUUCUUGGAGUCUGAGGGAUUUGCUGGAUCAAAAAAGGGCAUAAAGGCACGCAUUUUGGAGACAUUUGUGAUGCUCUUCCUGUUGGCUUUGCUCAUUCUUGGCAUUGUGUGGGUGGCAUCAGCCCUGAUUGACAACGAUGCAGCUAGUAUGGAAUCACUCUAUGAUCUUUGGGAAUUCUACCUGCCAUACCUCUAUUCCUGCAUAUCCCUGAUGGGUGGCCUACUUUUGCUAAUGUGCACUCCUGUGGGGAUGUCCAGGAUGUUCACUGUCAUGGGCCAGUUAUUAGUGAAACCAACAAUCCUGGAGGACCUGGAUGAGCAGAUUUACUGCAUCCAUUUGCAGGAGGAAGCCCUUCAGAGGAGAUUAAACGGAUCAUCUUCACUCACCUACAUCCGAGGGAGCUUUACCUAUCAACUCACCAAAGAACUGGACAAUAUUAGAAGUCAGAAGAAUAAACUAGAGAGAAGAAAGAAAGCAUCAGGAUGGGAGAAGAACUUGUUGUAUCCCAUAGUAAUGCUGAUCCUGCUCGCAGGAACGACGAUUUCUGUUAUUAUGGUGGCCCUGAACAUUCUCUACCUUCUAGUGGAUGAGACGGCCAUGCCCAAGGGAUCCACGGAUCGAGGAAUUGGGAACACAUCCUUGUCCACAUUUGGCGUGGUUCAGGCAGUGCUGGAGAUCAUCCUCAUGUUCUACUUGAUGGUGUCUUCCGUCGUUGGAUUCUACAGCCUGCGUGUCUUUGAGGGAUUCACUCCCAGGAAGGAUGACACAACCAUGACAACGAUCAUUGGCUGCUGUGUGUCCAUCUUGGUCCUGAGCUCAGCUCUACCUGUAAUGUCCAGAACUCUUGGUAUCACUAGGUUUGAUCUCUUGGGAGACUUCGGGAGAUUUAAUUGGCUGGGAAACAUCUACAUCGUCCUCUCAUACAACUUGCUUUUUGCUGUUGUGACAACUCUUUGUCUUGUGAGAAAAUUCACUUCAGCAGUGCGGGAGGAACUCCUGAAGGCCUUAGGUCUGGAUAAAUUGCAACUGUCAAACAGCCCCGCAGACCCCGAAUCUGGAAAGCUCUCUGCCAAUGGGCAUCAGAAAACUCUCUGAAAGGGACGAUGGAAAAACACACACACAUAACACACACACACACACACACAUAACACACACACACACACACACGUAGCUGAGCCACAGGGAGAUUUCGACAGUACUGUCUGAGUGCUGAAAGGUGAAAAGGAAAGGAAGGAACUUAAUAAACCCAGGCAGUGUCUGACUGUUGCUGCAAAUGGAGGCUGAGAGCAAUUUACCUUCGUGACAUUCCAUCCUCUGCGUCUCUGAUGGAAGCUGGGACAAAGCCAGGCGGAGACAGGAGUGAAAAAGACUGGCAUCAGUGUUCUGACCUUGAUGCUAACCUCAACCUCGACUGUGACUUUGAACUACCCAUCCCUUUUCUUCUGGGGCAUUCUUGCUCCCAGCAUUUGACACCUUAUUAUUUUGUUCUGCAACCCCUCCCUUUGCACUAGCUGUAAGCAGAUGAUGCAUCUUCUGCUUGGUUCCGUUGUAUCAAAGUCUUAAAUUAGUCUCUGUAACUAGCUGAAAUAAAUAAAAAAAUAAAAAACUGAUUAGUUGGAAAUGUAUUUAACGUUUUUUUUUUAAUUCAUGUAGGUUUAAAACUGAAUACAUUUUAUUUUUUAAUAUUUUGAAAAGUGAUGCAAGCAUGAGAGGUGUGUCAGUUUGUAUUUUUUAAAUAGAAAAACAAUGGAAUAUGCUUUAUGGUUAUUCCCACUCCACAGAGCCGGUGCAGAAUGCUGCACAGCAUCGUGGGCAGGGUUAUUGGCAUUGCAACCGGUCAGGUCCGGCCAUCUCAUGUUGUAAUCCUGCUGUCAUAUAUAUGUUUUUAUCUAGCUUUCUACAAGUGGGAUUUAACCUUUUUGAUGUCUGUUGGUAUAUGGAAGGAUUUUUUUUUCUUUAAAGGUGCUCCAGUUUUGAUUUUUGAAAAUCAGGAAUUGGGAAAGUUUUUGGUAAAGCUAAAUCACACUGAUCAGAAUACUUUUUCUGAAGGGAAUAUUUUUUUUCUUAUUGCUGCACAUCUUAUAUCAUUUAAUUUUGUUCUUUAAAAAAAAAAUACAGAAAACUGUUUGUAAAGGUUGUAAUUAAAUGUACAUAAUAUUUUGUUUCACACAUUUAUUCCAUUUUUUAAUGUAAACAAUCCUUUCUUACUGAGCCCAUCUAAAGUCUGAAUGAUUUAGCAUUUUUGGAGUAUUUUCUUUUUAAGUAUAUAUAUUUCUCCUUACAAUGUUCACACAUGAUGUUUAGUACUGCCGCUUAGAGGUACCUAUCGCAUUGAUCUCAUCCUUCGCAGCGUUAAAGAUAGUAGGUAUCUUCUUCUAUUGAAAGUGGAAGUCGACAGUUCAAACUAAUUGAGGGGCUGUCAAGAACACGAUUGUAGUGAGACAAUAUUUAAUA